CCAACAAACCAAAACACCAACAACUCAGACAUCAACAACUAAUAACUAACAACAAUAUCAAAAUGAUUGCCGCUGCUCCCAAAUCCGUCUUGAUCACCGGCGCCAACUCUGGACUUGGACUCGAAUGUGCCCGCCAAUUGGCCCUUCUCAAUGUGGAACGUAUCGUCAUUGGCUGUCGCAGUGAAGCCAAGGGAAAGCAGGCCCAGGAAGACCUGAAGCAGGCCAUGGCCAAGGCAGGCAAAGCUGACAAAUCCAACAAGACCAAAUUUGAAGUACUCCUCAUGGACCUUUCGGACAUUGCAUCCGUCAAAAAGGCGGUCGCGACUCUGGCUACUCCUGUCGAAUCCUUGGUCAUGAAUGCCGGUGGAUUGGGUGGAGGCAACCCGGGUAACUUGACCAAGAACGUUGUUUCCAUGACGGUUGCAACCAAUCUUCUGGGGCAUGUCGUUCUCUUUGAUGGCCUUGUUCAAGCCAACAAGCUGACCAAGUCGGCUAUUUAUGCCGGGAGCGAAGCGGCCCGAGGCGAAUGGAGAAUGAUGUUGCCGUCCACAAAGGUCAAAUCCGGUUCCAAGCAAGAGUUCCAGUCCAUGUGCGAUGGAUCCUUUUAUGGAACCAAAUCCCAAGACUUGUCCAUUACAUACGCGGGUACCAAGUUCUUGGCGGCACUUUGGGUCGGAGCCGUUGCCAGGGCACACCCGAAUUUACGAGUCGUCACGGUCAGUCCAGGACACACGGCCGGAACAGGAAUCUUUGAACCAGAGGGACUUCCCGUGGUGGCCAAGUUCUUGAUGAAGAACCUGGUCUUGCCUCUUCAGUACCUUUUUGGAAUGGCACAGUCCAAGGAAACGUCGGCCAAACGAUACGUCGACGUGCUGUUCGACUCGACUGGAACGACGUACCCGUCGGGAACCUUUUUCGCCAGCAAGCGGGGGCUCACCGGGCCCAUUGCGGAUCAAUCGACCUACUACAACAAAGUCUUUUCCAAUCAGACGUAUCAGGACAAUGCCAGUGACGCCAUUCGUUCCUUUAUCGAUGUGUAAUUAUGGUUUAUCGAAUCAUUCGGCUUUUACGUAAGCUAUGUGGCUGUUGACGUUGUGGUAGAAACAUACUCAGUAAGUGAACACGGUCGAUCGGCAAUUGGCUCGUAACUAAAAUAGCAAAC